AUGGUUGUUUUUGUUUCCUCAAGGUUGCAUUCCUAUGUUUGUUGCCUCCUUUUCAUAAUCAUAUCUCAAGCUAGCGCGCAACCAAGUUUCUUAGAUUACUUCUGUCUCAGUGAUAAAGGCAGCUUCACAUCCAACAACACUUAUCACACCAACCUCAACACCCUUUUUUCCAAUCUCACCUCCAACACACAGAUCGACUAUGGCUUCUACAACCGCUCCUACGACGAAAACAAUGAGAAAUCAUACGACAUUGGGUUGUGCAGAGGAGAUGUUAAAGCAGAUGAAUGUCGCAACUGCAUAAAUAAUUCAACGGUCCUCCUCACACAGCUUUGUCCAAACCAGAAAGAGGCAAUUGGGUGGUAUGACAAGUGCAUGUUGUGUUACUCAAACCGCUCAAUAUUUGGCCUCAUGGAAACUUCACCUUUGUUUUAUACGUUGAUGUUAGUGAAUGCAACAAAUGUGGACCGGUUCAAUCAAGUGUUGGACAACUUGGUGGAGAAUCUAACAGGCAUAGCUGCUGCAUCAAGUGACUCUCGUCGUAAGUAUGCUGCCGGAAAUGCAACUGCAACAAAUUUAGAAACCACCAUAUAUGGUGUUGCGCAGUGCACUCCUGACUUGUCUCAACAAGACUGCAACCGGUGCUUGGUUGAUGCUUUCUCAAGAAUCGCAAGCAGCGGCAAGAUAAGUGGUAGAGUUGCAACACCCAGUUGUAAUAUUAGAUAUGAAACCUUUCGCUUAUAUGAUGAACCUUCUACCACCACAGAUGCACCAGUGUCAUCACUAUGA